AUGGAUCUAAUGGUCGUUUUUUGGGGGCUGCUGGCGCUGGCUGCUGAAGGCAUACGAUGCCAAGGAGUGUACGCACCCCCGACUGUCCGCAUUAUACACUCCGGACAUGCCUGUAAUGUUGAAGAGGAGAGGCACACAGAAAGAGUCUAUACCAUCAGAGAAGGAGAGACCCUGGAGCUCACCUGUCUGGUGACGGGCCAUCCUCGGCCACAGAUUCGAUGGACGAAGACAGCUGGCAGUGUUUCAGAUCGCUUCCAAGACUCCAGUGUGUUCAAUGAGACGUUGGUCAUUGCAAAGAUCCUGAGGAACCAGGGUGGGCGCUACUACUGCAAGGCUGAGAAUGGCCUCGGUUCUCCAGCCAUCAAAUCCAUCAGGGUGGAUGUCUACUACCUAGAUGACCCAGUAGUGACGGUUCACCAGAGUAUAGGAGAGGCUAAGGAACAGUUCUAUUAUGAGAGGACUGUGUUCCUGCGCUGCGUGGCCAAUUCCAACCCACCUGUCCGGUACAGCUGGCACCGUGGGCGAGAGGUCUUGACGCAGGGCUCGGACAAAGGUGUGGAGAUCUACGAGCCUUUCUUCACACAGCAGGGGGAAACAAAGAUCCUGAAGUUGAAGAACCUACGUCCUCAAGACUACGCCAACUACAGCUGCAUCGCCUCUGUGAGAAAUGUAUGUGGGAUUCCUGACCGUAGUGUAAUCUUCAGGCUCACCAAUAAGACAGCCUCUCCAUCUAUCAAGCUGCUGGUGGAGGAUCCCAUCGUGGUCAAUCCUGGUCAGACYGUAUCGUUGGUCUGCAUCACCACGGGAGGGGAGCCGCCGCCUAUCCUCACCUGGGUCAGCAGUAACGACAGUCUGCCUCAGAGGAGCGUGGUGAAAGGCGGCACGCUCACACUGCCRGCCAUCACCUCAGAAGAGGCGGGCAUCUACAGCUGCGUGGCCAGCAACAAUGUGGGAAACCCGGCCAAGAAGUCCACCACUAUUGUGGUCAGAGCUUUGAAAAAAGGACGCUUCUGGAUCACCCCUGACCCCUACCACAACGAUGACAACAUCCAGAUUGGACGUGAAGUCAAGAUUUCCUGUCAGGUGGAGGCGACACCUCCAGAGGAGCUGAUAUUUAGCUGGUUGAAGAACGGCCGUGCCCUGCGGAGCUCGGAACGUAUGGUCAUCACUCAGACGGACCCCGACAUCUCACCGGGGACCACCAACCUGGACAUCAUUGACCUCAAGUUUACCGACUUUGGCACAUACACCUGCGUGGCGGCACUGAAGGGUGGAGGCAUUCCUGAGAUCAGCAUUGACGUCAACAUCUCUUCCACAACUGUCCCUCCUUUGUUUUUCUCUUUCUUAGUUCCUCCCAGCCUGACAGUCCCUCGGGGCAAGUCCCCCCUGGUGGCCCGUGAGGGCGACACCGUGGAGCUGGAGUGCCUUGUUUCAGGGAAGCCCAAGCCCAUCAUUCUUUGGUCGCGAGCAGAUAAGGAGGCGCCCAUGCCAGAUGGCAGCAUGCAGAUGGAGAGCUACGAYGGCGUCCUGCGGAUUGUUAACGUGUCCAGGGAGAUGACUGGCUCGUACCGCUGCCAGACCAGCCAGUAUAAUGGGUUCAACGUGAAGCCUCGGGAGGCAGUGGUGGAGCUGAUGGUGCAAUAUCCUCCAACAGUGGAGCCGGUACAUAUGGAGGUCCGUCAAGGCCUGGGAAGGCCUGUAGUGAUGACCUGCAGGGUGCUGCGAGCCCACCCCUCCCGUGUGUUGAGGUUYGAGUGGCUGCUCUCAAACCGCCUCCUCCACGCUGGAGCAUUUGACCCCCAGAAGGAUGAGACGGAGUACACCAUCCGCAAUCUGAAUCGAGAAGGCUGGGGAGAGUACACGUGUAACGUCAUCAAUGAGGCCGGAGCGGGCAAAUGCACGUUCCAGGUUACAGGUAAAGCCUACCCUCCAGAGUUCUACUAUGAUACCUACAGUCCUCUGUGGCAGGACAGACCCAGAGUCUACGGCUUCAAGCUUCAGUGGACCCAGAUGAAUCCCAAUGCAGUGGACCGUAUUGUUGCCUACAGACUUGGCAUCAGACAGAUGGGGCUGCAACGCUGGUGGGAGCAGGAGAUCACCGAGGAGGGAAACAUCGGCAAAGGAGAGCUCAUGACGCACAACCUGACCGAGCUGAUCAAGCCAGAAUCCUACGAGGUGCGCCUGACCCCCAUCACACGUUUCGGAGAAGGGGACUCCACCGUUCGCAUCGUCACCUACAGUGCUCCCAUCAACCCUCACCUGAGGGAGUUCCACUGCAGCUUUGAGGAGGAGCCCAUCUGCAUGUUUACCCAGGACAAGAACGAUGAUUUUGAUUGGACACGGCACAGCGCUGCCACCCGCGACACCAAGUACACACCCAACACUGGUCCCAGUGCCGACCGCACUGGUUCAAAGCAGGGUUUCUACAUGUACAUUGAGACAUCAAGACCCCGUAAGGAAGGCGACCAGGCACGGCUCAUAAGUCCCUUAUUCAACGUGGCUCCAAAAAACCCCUACGGCAUCAACAACCCACCUGCCUACUGCUUUGGCUUCUUUUACCACAUGUAUGGAAAACACAUAGGAACACUUAAUGCCUUGCUAAAACAGAAGGGCCAAAUGACCUCYGAAGCUCCUGUGUGGUCUCUAAGUGGCAACCAAGGUGACCGGUGGAAACAGGCCAAAGUAAGCAUCCAUCCCACGUCGUCCUUCCAGGUUGUUCUGGAAGGUGUCCGGGGCCCGGGAAUAGAAGGAGACAUYGCUAUUGAUGACAUCACUCUGGAGGAAGGGGAGUGUCGAGACCCACCGCCCAAUAUCAGUGCCAACGCCCUGUCCACGUCCUCCCAUAUAUGGCUGCUAUGCACCACCUUGGUGCUGACCCUCCUGGAAGGCCAGAGGUGACCCUUUUCUUCGUCAGUCCGAGGCAAAAACUCAGACCCGCCGUCUGUGAGCUAUACCCUCAGCAUCCGAUCACCAAAGAUUCAUGCAUACAGAAAGCAUCAGGGUCCCUGGACGGAUCCCUGACCACAGGGGGGGGGAUGACGUCUUAUGAAAGAGAGAUUAACCAUAAAGUAAUAAAGAAGACGUGCCAACUUUUAUUUUGAAGAGACCUCUUUUCUGUCAAAAGCUCCUCGGCGCAGGAACCUGGAAUGACUUCACGAGCACAAUAAAAAAGGGCAAUGAAUCAGCCUGGACUUCGGCGGAGGAGUUCGCACGCGCAGAAGGAGGACAGUUUGUAAAGCACAAGUCUCGUUUUAUGAAGAUAAUGGGGAAAAAAACUUUUGAGUGGCAGCAAGAUGCAGACACUGCUGACUUUUUUUUAAUAUGAAGUAACUUUUUCCCCCUGCUUCCAAAUCCGUAGAAUCAAACCUUUUCUCUGUGCAUCUUUAUCUUCAUUUUCUUGCCCUAGGUGCCAAUCAGCAACAGUUGUUUCCCCCACACACACUCUAGCCCAGCCUCACAUUCACAGUCAUUCUCGUUGGCAUUUCUWUAUCUGCUUGGUGCUGUUCUGUAGAGAAAAAAAACAUGGACUUUGGCAACAUUUAAUUCUGUUUGCUUAUCCCCCCACUCCCUGUAGCUGCCUCUUUUAACACUGUGCUCACGAGUCCAAGUGGCCAAGCGACAGGACGGUGGCAGAAGAAGAAAAGCAAACGAAGUGAAUUCGAAUCAAGCUCAGGUGGGAAAAUGAAGAGCGUUGGGAAGAAGGAGCGGGCAGAGAGUUGAGACAGAUCCGUCUAGCGGAGCCUGACUCAGAUACUCCGUCAGCGGUCUGCCCGCGGAACCGAAGCCACUUUACUUUCUGCCAUGAAACAAAGUGCCUUCAGAUUACAAACCGAGUCGUGAGCCUGGGUGUUAAUCAGCAUCGAACAAGUUUCUGUUCAUGUUCCCUUCGAUGGGCUAUUUUCUACGUUUCUUUUGUCCCACAAGUGCUGAAGGGAGCGUGUCCGGAGGGCUCGAGCAGAUCGAAUUCAUGGAACAGCUGCCUGGGACGCUGGGCAAAAUGUGUGUCUGUUUGCAUAAAUCUUCACAUUAAUGUUCUUUAAUGUGAGGAAGCCAACCAGGCAGCACGGACCGUGGGUCUGAGUGCAACGUGGACAAACAGAAACAGUGAGGCUGAGGUGGUUUUUGUUUUUUUUUUUCUUUCUAGACGGCAGUUUAAAAAUCAUUUCAUCCUUCUCUCUUUUCAUAAUUCCCCUUCCCUGUGGGCGAGCUUCUUUUUUUUUUUUUUGUUUUUUUGUUAACAAACAAGAACAUCCACUGCUGAAUAAAACAUUGUACAGGAAGGAGAGCAGAAACUUCAGGACUCCAGGCUCUUCAUGUGGGUGGGACGCCUCACCCGGAUCCGCAAACAUUUAUACGGAACAAUAUUAAAAAUAAAAA